AUGACUGGUAGGAACUUUUGUGCCGACACAUGUGAGUCAUGUAAAGCGUUCUUUCGACGAACAGCCCUCAAGACAACCGUAUUGCACUGCGCCUCAAAUGGGUUGUGCAACAUCAAUGUUCAAACCCGCAAACUAUGUCAAAAAUGUAGACUUCAAAAGUGUUUGACAAUCGGAAUGCAAAUUGAACUCAUUAGAAGUGAAACCCAAAAUGAGUACAGAAAACAAAUAUAUAGAGACAAACAGAAGAAAAAAUUAUUGGACAAAAAACUGAAUACUUGUAACGAUUUGUCGGACACGGACUCAAACCUAUCAAAACCGGAUUCAAUAGGAAUUGAUAGCAAUAAUAGCAAUGACAGCAACGAAAUCGAUGAAUGGAUUGACAGUAUAGACGAUAAAGAGCUGAGCGAACAGAUCAACCAAAUCAAGCGCUGUUUAACGGGAGAGACGGAAGCGAUGAAACAAAUCCGGCAAAAGUCGGCUGCGAUGGCAAUCGUACCGAUAGUCAAAACAAUUGUCGACUACUGCGGCAUAAAUCAGUUGGAGAGCAGCCGUAUAACCGAGUUGUCCGACGCGUGUCAAGUAUUCAAUUGCCAAUUGAGUGACAAUAGGGUGACCACAAAAGGUUAUCUAGACAUGAUGAUUGUGACCAACCGGCUAUUUGAAAUUCAAAUCCAAAAUGUGAUCACUUAUACUAAACGUUUGCGAGGGUUUCAAAAGUUUUGCGCCGACGACCAGUUGGCGCUCGUAAAGCACGGCUUUAACGAUAUGAUUUUUCUACGAGGGUUAAGUUAUUAUGAUCCCGAUACGCGCGAGUUUAAUUAUUACAUAGAUGAGAAUAGCACCCUGUCAAUUAGUUUGGGUGCCUUUAGUGAACAACGACCAAAUACACAUGAAAUGUUACUAAUAUUACUCAGUAAACUACUACCCGAAUGGGACCAUGAUCCUAUUUUAAUGGAUCUGUUAACUGCAAUUGUUUUACUUAACCCAAAGCGACCGAAUCUAUCGCAUAGAACAAGUAUUAAACUCGAACAACAACUACUCGAACAACAACUGUAUAUAUAUUUACUGCAAAGAUAUCUACUAUUGAAGUGCGGAUCGGAAUCGGAGUCCAAACCGAGACUACAGGCGCUCAUGAAUUCAUUAACCGAUCUCUCAAUUACUGCCGAAACCCAUAAACGCUAUGAAUUGUCAGAAGUGGCCGAAAAUCAUACACUCAUUCAAUAUUACGGCCCAUUAUUUCGAGAAAUUUAUGAUAUAUAA